AUGGCCCACCAGCCAAGUACACCCCAGCGUGCUCCUCCGCCGCACUUUGACAUGUUCCAGUCCUCGUCUCCGGCAGCAGGGCCAUCGUCAACACAAGUGGUACCCGACGAGGACGAUGGAAGCGAAGACAACAUCUUCCGCGACAUGGAGUUUGAGGACGUGCUCGAUGAACUCGCAGGCCGAUUCCUCGUCAACCUCCCCGAGGAGGAGAACUCUUCUUUGAGACUGUACUGGCAGGCCGAGCAAGCGCAUUGGUUCUAUGAAGACUACUUGCGGCCACUCAACCCUCUGCUACCGGCACUGUCGCAGCGACAGUUUACGCACCUCAUCAUCGCGUCCAGCCCUGUCCACGCCGUCAACGAGAUCGACUAUGACGCCGUUUGGCAAGAGUACUGCGCCUACAAGAAGAUGGUACCGUGCUGUGGUGGUAUUCUCAUCAACGACGCCGGUGACAAGGUCCUCAUGGUGCGAGGCUGGAAGUCGAACGCCGGGUGGUGUUUCCCCCGCGGCAAGAUCAAUGCCGACGAGAGCGAAGCGGCUUGCGCCGUCCGAGAGGUGGAAGAAGAAACUGGCUUUGACCUCUCUGGCCUGGUCAAUCCUGCCGACUUUAUCAAGACCCAGAUCAACGCACAGGAAAUCACAAUGUUCAUUGUGAAGGAUAUCGACGAGGCGACAGUAUUCGAGACGCAGACCCGCAAUGAGAUUGGCGCCAUUGAAUGGGUGCCGUUCCUCGACCUUCCCACUUGGACUCACAAGAAGGGUCCCAAGCGCACGGCUACCAAGGGCCAGAAACGCUUCUACAACGUGACGCCGUUUGUUGGGCCCUUGAAGAAGUGGCUCACGAAGCACGGCAUCAACCCCCACCCACCCCGCAGGAAGGCCGAACCCCAGCCACAGCAACAACAGCUCCAUCAAGGCGCACCCCACCAACCAGGAGGCUUCCACCGAGAGAUCCAACCAUACGCGUUUGACGCUGGACCCAAGACCGAGCUCGACCACCUCUUUGCCAAGUUUAUACAAAAGGACGAUGAUGUCGAGCGUCUCGAGAGCGACCGUGCCCUUUCUCUGGAUCAUCUGUUUGGCUCCCUCUACGUCGGUGGAGCAUCGCAUCCCCAGCCCUCAGCAGACGAACAACGCGAGGAUGACGCUCUCACACGUCUCCUCAGUGGAAUCGGUGGACCAGCACAGCAACCUCCCCAGGCGCAGCCCGCAGCUACCCAGACCGCCCAGGUGCCAAGCGCCAAGCAGUCUAAGCUCCUGUCCGCCCUCAACCCAGCGAACCCUCCGUCACCUCCUCGCUCAAUGCACCAUAACACGCUGUUAUCCAUGCUCGCACCUCCCGGUAGUGCGCCUGCUCCAGCACCGGCUCCCACGUCGGCGUCUACCAGCUCGGCUAUGGCUUCCGCCCCAGACAACGACGAGGAGCGCCGUAACCGCCAGCGUGGCGCACUUCUGGAGUCGCUCUUCCCCGUCUCUACCGCGCCCACGACGCCGCCGGCCCCAGGCCAGCUCCGUCCGAUCUCCGCCGCCUCCGUCACUAACGGCAUGAUCUCCCCCAUGCCACCCAUGCCUCCUCCCCAAUCGUGGUCUAUCGCGCAGCACAUGAACGCGUCACCGUCUCCCGCCGGUCACCAGGCUCCUCUCCAGCAGCCCCAAGGCCAACAGCAGUACCCUCCUGCUCUUCAACAACAGCAACAGCAGCAGCAACAGCAGCAGCAGCAACAGCAGACCCCUUCCGCGCCCACUCUCAACUUCUCUCAGCCGUAUCCUCCUACCAACCCGGCCUUCUCACCGCCUCAGCCAAUGCCUACAUCCCCUGCCCAACCAUUCUCCCAGUCUCCUCCUGGCCCUGCAACGGACCACCAGCGCAACCUGCUCGGCACGCUCUUCAGCCCGCCCCCCGGUGGUUUGAGCGGCGCCAUGCAGGCUCCUCCUCCAGGUAUCCGCCCGUCAUACCCCCAGCAGCAAGCCAACAUGGGUAUGACCCCCUACGGCCAGCCGGGCUACCCCCAGCCUCCCCCCAACUUUUACGGUGCAGUUCCCAGCGCCGGUGGCCCGCCUGGGGGCAUGCCCUACCCCCCUGCGCCCCCCGGUCUCGCUGGUCCCGGAAGACCGAUAAUGAUGUCCCCGCCACAAAUGUUCAAUGGCGGGCAAGGCUAUCAGUCUCGUCCCGCACCGUACAUGGCCCAGCAACAGCAAGCCCAACUGGUCCAGCACCAGCAAUACAUGGCCCAGCAGCAACGCCAGCAGCAAGCCCAACAACAGGCUCAGCAGGCCCAGCAAGCCCUGCAUCAAGCCCACCAAGCUCAAGUUCAGGCUCAGGCUCAACUGCAGACCCUCCCACCCACCACGGCCCAGAAGCUCGUCUCGCCCAGCGCCGUGCACCAGCCCGUGCCCCGUCCCCCCGUCGGCCAAGAGUUACUCGGCUUGAUCAAUGGGCGGUAG